AUGGCAAAGUUUUACAAUAUUUCCAUCUUUGCAGCUUUGUUUCUCUUCACAUUUACAACUUCAUUUGAAAUUGCACUCUCCUUAUCUCCUACACCAAGCCCGCAACAUAAGAACCCAACAUCACAACAUAUUUCUCACUUAACUCCUACGAAUGCCUUAGAAAAUCCACAUUCCCCAUAUUCAAUCCCUACGGUAGAAAUAGUAUAUCCCCUUUCUAAAGUUAAAAUUUCUCCUAAACCUUCACCAAAUAAACCUCUUCCUUCACAUUUGGCUCCUAAAAGCUCAACAAUAACUACCCAUCAGCGCCGAUCAAAUUGGGGUCAGUUGGCUCCUAAAAGCUCAAUUAAACAAAAUCUUUCUCCGAAACUAGUUGAAAAACACACAUUUAACUCAAUUUUGGCUCCCCAUUCUCAUGUGUUUUCUUCAAAGCCAAUUCCUCAUUCAACCACUAAGGUUACAAAAACAUCUCCUCCUAAAUCUAAACUUGCUCCUAGGCCUACACCAAGAAAGUAUUUUCCAACACAUUUGGCUCCUGGAAUCCCAAUAAAUAAACAAAAUCUUUCUCCGAAACCAAUUGAAAAGCACACAUCUAAAUCAAUCUUGGCUCCCCAUUCUCAUGUGCUUUCUUCAAAGCCAAUUCCUCAUUCAACCACUAAGGUUACAAAAACAUCUCCUUCUAAAUCUAAACUUGCUCCUAGGCCUACACCAAGAAAGUAUGUUCCAACACAUCUGGCUCCUAAAAUCCCAAUAAGUAAACAAAAUCUUUCUCCAAAACCAUCACCAAAGCCAACUAGAAACCAAGGGUCUAAGUUUUUCCUAGUAAAAUCUAAAGUUGGAUCUCAUGUUACCACUAGGCAAGCAAAGAAGCAACAUAUCAUUUCUCCACAGCUAGCACCAAUCACUUAUAAACAUAAGGUGAAUCCCAAACUUUCACCCCAAUCAACAAGAAAGUUUUCUCUUAACACACAGUUGGCUCCCAAAUCUACAGUUACAAAACCAAAUAGUCUUCUCAGUCCAACAAGGCAUAUUAUCACUAAGUCACGUUUGGCUCCGAAAGAAGCACCAAAAUUGACUCAUAAACUUACACCUAAACAUGGGACUCAUUAG